AUGAACUCCCACAGCUCUCCUCAACGUCUAUACUCUGUUCAAUCUUUAUGCUUCUCUGAACACAGCCGCAGCCACACCACUCCUACCACGGCGCCUGUUACUCAUCACUUCCAACCACAUCCAAAUCCAAAUCCGCAAAUGUUGAAUACGGCACAAUCACACUAUAUGGGAGGGGAAGAUGUUUUUCCUACUGCCAUGCACCUUGAGGUUGACUACAUGUUUUUGGAUGGGGCCGCAGAGUCAGAAGGUGGUGCUGAUCAAUCUGACCUCGCCCUUGAAGCAGCAAAAGCAAAAUGGAAAGUAUGCGAAGCCGAGAAGCACCUGGCUGACUGCAUUAUUGAACAUCAAGUUACGCUUCUCAAUAUCUGGUGCCGUCGCGCAGAGGUAGCCAAUUUCCGUUUAUUGACAGCAGACCUCAAUGUUGGACGCCUACAUAUGGAGCAAAAGAAGAGUGGUAUUCUAACAUUCACUCACACAGAGGGCACAGCAACAACGAGCGGCUCAUCUUCUCGUUCUACGAGCUGGAUGGAAGACGUCAGCGCCUUCCGCUCAGCCGCUCAAAGACUCUCAAUAUACCUCUCGCGAGACAAGAAGCCUCGUAUGCCACAUCAACUGCCCAUGUGCCUUCCAAAUCGCGACACCAGUUCUCUCACUGUCCAUGAACCAGAAAGACCUCCACUUGAUAAAUUGACUGCUCAUACCUCCUCCAGGCCGAGCGGCAGCCAACGACCACCCUUCUACUUGAAUGGCGCUACAAGCACACUUGACAGGUCUGCUUAUGAACACAAGAUUCCUGAUGUCGAACCAAUCAAGGAGAAAGUGGACAUGACAGACAGAUUAGAGGACAUCAGGAAGUUGAUGACCAAGGACAAACUUGAUUACCACAUUGUGCCCAGCGAGGACCCCCACCAAUCUGAGUAUGUUGCAGCUAAUCAUAAAUGUAGGUCAUGGAUCUCUGGGUUUACUGGAAGUGCAGGCCAAGCUAUUGUCUCGAAUACAGCCGCUUAUUCAGUGACCGACUCGCGCUACUGGUUACAAGCUUGCGAUGAACUUGACUCAAAUUGGCAUUUGAUAACUGCUGGGGCUGUGGAUGGCCCCAAAGAUUGGAUUGAUUGGCUGGCCGUGUGUGCCAUUAGCUUCAUUUCAUGUCUCACCCUUAUAGGGUUUUGUGUUAUAUCAGGAUUGUGCCAAGGAUUCAAAUAUUGGUAUAGACGCACGCAUGAUACUGUAUCCAUUCGACCUUAG